AUGUCGUCGUGUUUACGAAGAAGAUUUCAACGCUGGAUGACGACGACGACGACGACGACGAUUCAGACGACGACUUCUGCUCCUCCCGCGCGAUAUCAAAAUCCUUCUCCUCGCGGUGUUCUUCUGCGCGCCGCCAAAACGCUGUUUUCAUCGUCGUCGUCGUUGAACUCGCCUCGCUUUGAACGCGAGGAAGAAGAAGAAGACAAAGAAGACAAAGAACGACUCGGACGAGAACAAGAACACGUUCUCGGAUCGUGCCGGGCGAAAACGGUCGCGUUUACCGUCGAGACGGAGAAAGAAGCGCUGGCGAUUUUUGAGAGAUGGCUGAAGCGCGAUCCGUUGCGACCGAGGAAAGUUGUUGAUUCUUCUUCUUCGCCGUCGUCGUCGAAGGCGGCGGGCGGCGGCGGCGGAGCGACGGUUUCGAAGACGUUGAUACCGUAUUGGAAGUUUGCGGACGUUUCGUUUCGGGUGAAGUAUAAAGCGAAGGUAGGGUUUAGCGGGAGAGGGAGGAAAGAUGGGGGAGGAGAGCGCGAGAGCAACGCGGACGACGACGUGGAGUGGAAAGAGAUUGAGGAGUGGCGAGAGUUUAACGGAGGCGAGGCGGUGAGGUACGAUUUCGAGAAGGACGCGGCGGCGAGGCAGUUUGCGACGUUCUCGGUGCGGCCGGAUUUUGCGAGGUUGGUGGAGCCGCCGACGUCGUUAGGAGGUAGUGGGGGAGAGAAAGGGGACGCAGGAGUAGAAGAAGAGACGAGAAGAGUACAGAACGCGAGCGAUGCGACCGUGUUGCCGUUUGAAAUUAAACGUUCGUUCGCGUGGACGUUGGCGUUGGCGAACAUUCGAGACGAUCUUCGCGAAAAGGCUUCGAAGGAACUCAAGGAUACGUUUUCGACGGACCACGUGAAAGAUGUGCUCGUUCACUUGGAAGUCGUGUCUCGGGGGACGCCGUUGGCUGUGUAUUUGCCCGCGUAUCUCGUAGAGUUCACGCACGGACACGAAACGGAAAAGAAGGAAACGAUUCGAUAUUUGCGCAGGAACGCGAUUGUGUGCGGAACGUCCGGAAACGUUGCGUGCGAUGAGUUAGCGUGUUCGAAGCGCGCUAUGGGUAUUGGAGGUGUAGGUAUGAGCACCUUGACGUUUAUGCUUUCUGGAAUGACAGAUUACGGUCUAUCCUUCUUAUCCGGCGUGGUAUCCGCGGCGUUGCUUUCGCACUACGCGAAAACUUUGGAUUUUCGCUCACGAGCGCAACAAAAGAAGGAUCGAGAAGACGUCGUAAAAGAACACAACGCGUUUAACUUUGCGACAGAGCAAUCUAUAUAUUGGCUCGACGAGUGCGCGCAGCUCGCGAGAGACGAUGCGGAGUGGAGUCGGUGGAAACGCACGAAGCGAGAGGAUUGGGUGAACGAGGAACGAAAAUCGUGGGCGUUGGCCAUUUGGGAGAAUCAAGUCUAUCGGCGUCGAGAGAGGAACGAACGAAGGGAAGAAUUAGAGAGCCAACGCGCGCAAAAGUUGGAAGCGGAAAGGCGCGCGGAAGAGAAGCGUUUGAAAUGGGGAGACGAUUGGGAUCGAGCGUCAAGAAAGGCGGCAAAUCGCGGACUCUCGACGGAUUCGCAAUCGUUUUAUAAGAUUUUAGAACUCGACGACAAACGCAACGAGGCGACGAUUGAGGAGAUCAAGGAUAGUUAUCGACGAUUGGCGCACAGAUGGCACCCAGAUAAGAAGGGAGGCAAGGUGGAAAAGUUUCAAAUGAUUCAAAAAGCGUACUUGACGUUGGGUAAUAAACUUCGAAGGGAAACGUACGAUCAAAUGUAG